AUGCUUGAGGGUCUUGUCGCGGGCCUGCUCAACCGCUUCUUGGGCAUGUACGUAAAGAACUUCGACCCGGCACAGCUGAAAGUAGGCAUCUGGGGCGGAGACGUUAAGCUGCGCGAUCUCGAGCUUCGUAAAGAGGCCCUUGACCAGCUCAAGCUCCCCAUCAACGUUGUCGAAGGCCAUCUCGGCGAACUGACCCUCGUCAUUCCCUGGUCCAACCUCCGUGGCGCGCCUGUCAAGGUCUUCAUCGAGAAUGUCUUCUUACUUGCAAGUCCGAAAGAGGAGGCUGCAUACAAUGAGGAAGAGGAGGAGCGCAGGACGCAGAGGAUCAAGAUGGAGAAGCUUGACUCUGCUGAGCUGCUGAAGGAGCGCUCACAAGAGGGACUCUCUCAGGAAGAACAGAAGAGGAGCCAGAGCUUCACAGCAAGUCUUGUGACCAAGAUCGUGGACAACUUGCAAGUCACCGUCAAGAAUAUCCAUGUCAGGUACGAAGACUCGAUAUCGGCACCUGGCCAUCCGUUUGCCCUGGGCGUCACCCUGGAGGAGUUCAGCGCCAUCAGCACCGACGGCGAGUGGAAGCCCACCUUUAUCCAGGACUCCACCAAGACCACCCACAAGCUCGCGACUCUCGGCGCCUUGUCAGUUUACUGGAAUACGGACACAAAACUAUACGGCACAGGCAAAGAGACGAGUUCCUCAGACAAGCCGCCGAUGGAGCACGACGAGAUGAUCAAGACAUUCAAGGCCAUGAUCGGCAAGGCUGACGAGAACAUCGGAGUUGAUCACCAGUUCAUCUUGAAGCCUGUCAGUGGGCAGGCAAAGAUUGAGAUGGACAAGUCUGGUGAUGUGCGCGCCCCGAAGUGGAAAGCUAAUCUGCUCUUUGACGAGAUUGGCAUUGUGCUUGACGACCACCAGUACCGGGACGCCCUGAUGCUGGUCGACCUCUUUCACUACUUCAUCCGGCACCAGGAGUAUAAAAAGUACCAGCCUAAAGGUGUCACCCCCAAGGAGGAUCCUCGGGCCUGGCUCAAGUUCGCAGGAGAUGCCGUACUCAGCAAGAUCCAUGAGCGCAACCGUCGGUGGUCUUGGGAUUACUUCCGUGAACGUCGGGAUGACCGUCUUCGAUACAUAGAACUGUUCAAGAAGAAGAAGGCAAAUCAGCAGCUGUCUGCAGAUGAGACCGAGGAUUUCAACAAGCUUGAGUGGAAGCUGGACUACGAGGAUCUCCGAUUCUGGAGAUCGCUGGCCAGAAAUCAGCUGAGGAAAGAGAACGCUGCUGCCUUGAAGAACAGCCAACCAAAGCAAGAGCAGCAGCAGCAGCAAGGCUGGGUUGCCUGGAUGUGGGGCUCGAAGCCACAGGAGCACACAACGGCGUCCGACGAAAACACGCAGAUGACGGAGGAGCAACGCCAGGAACUUUACGAAGCGAUUGAUUGGGAUGAAAAAGCUGCUCUUGCCGAUGCUGUGGAAACGCCUAGAGACAGUGUCAAAUUCCAGGUGGAGACCUCUCUCAGCACAGGAAGUUUCACCCUGAAGCGAAAUCCUCACGGUCAGAUCACAGAUGUUGUCAGUCUGCAUUUCGAUGUCUUCAAGGCUAAGGCCCUAGUUCGCCCCGACUCCUUCCUCACAGAUGUGAGUCUUGGUGGUCUGCGUGUCAAUGACGGCACUACUCCCAACAGCCAGUUUCCAGAGAUCGUCCGAGUCAAGGAUGCACCUGAAACUCAGAAGAACAAGCGGCUCUCCAUGGUGGAACUGGAGAAGACUACCGACGAGGCUUUCUUUCAAUUGCAGCUGGAACAGAAUCCACUGGAUGGGCAAGGCGACUUUGCUGUCAAGACGAAGCUGAAGCCGCUCGAAGUCAUUUGGAACCCGAAUCUGGUGGUUGGAGUUGUGGAUUUCUUCAAACCUCCGGAACGCCACAUGGAGUCCAUCACUGCCUUGAUGGAGACAGCUGGCGCAACUGUGGAGGAUUUCAGACAACAGACACGAGCGGGCCUCGAGUUCGCCCUCGAGGAGCACAAAACAAUCAACGCAGUUUUGGACCUGCAAGCACCUCUGAUCAUUAUUCCGGAGAGCAUCACUACACCCAAGUCGACAUGCAUGAUCCUCGAUGCUGGCCAUAUCAGUGUCAACUCCGAGCUUGUAGACAAGGAAACCAUGAAAGAGGUGCAGUCGAAGCAGAAACAAGCUUACACGGACGAGGACUUCAAACGUCUUGAGUCACUCAUGUACGACAAGUUUAUUGUCAAGCUUACCUCUACCCAGCUGCUGAUCGGUCCCUCGAUCGAAGAGGCGAAGUCACAAUUGACGGAUAAUGGAGAGGGAUCGAAGAUGCACAUUGUCGAGCAGAUAAAUAUCGACUUCUUGGUGCAACUUUCGAUUCUACCGAAAGCCCCCAACCUGGCCAAACUCCGUGUCUCGGGCCAUCUUCCGCUGCUGCAUGUCACCGCCUCCGAUACCAAAUACAAGAGCUUGAUGAAGCUGAUAGACGUUGCAAUGCCAAAAUUCCACGGCGAUACUCUAGGAGAUCAGCCUCAACCUAAGCGACCACGCCUCCUGAGUAACAUCUCCACGCGCUCUGACCGCUCCAGCCAUUCCCAGCUUCCAAGCCCCAGACACCAUCGCAAGCAAUCCUCGGAUCUCCGAAGACGCUCGUCUCAGCUCCUCCCCUUCGUGGCGACCAAAGACCAAGCCAUUGUUCUUGACGAUAUCGACGAAGACGAGGAUAAUUUCGAAGAUGCUGAUGAUGGCCACAGCAAUGUUCACCUCAAGUUGAAGCAGAAGACGUUUGAGCUGAAGUUCACUGUUGACGAGUUGCGCGGCUCUCUCUACCAGAGUGAUCCAGAUGGUGUGAAGCCAGACGCCCUCCUAGUCGAGCUCAUCGCCCAGAGCUUCGAGGUCAACUACUAUUUGAGACCGUUUGACAUGGUAGCUGAUGUGUCGCUGGGCUCUGUGACCGUGGAUGACUUUGUUGGUAAACCGUCUGCCGAGUUCAAAUCGAUCAUCUCGUCAGGCGAUGUCGAAGACAAAAAGCAACACCGGGCACUUGUCAAGGUCAAUGUCGUCCGGGUUAAGAAAGAGUCUCCGGAGUUUAUGUCGGUAUACGAAGGGGUCGAGACCAAUGUCAACGUCGCUAUCACUACAAUCAACCUCAUCGUGACGCGCAAAACAUUGCUCACGCUGCUCGACUUCAUCCUGGUCACUUUUACCAAUCCCGGGGGAAAUAAUCAACAGCAGCAGAAGGCCAUCACCGAUGACGGCUCGGAGCUUGACGUCGCUGUUGAGCCACCCCCAGAACCACAGCAGAACGCUGCGGGGGCUAUCAGAGUCAAGGUCGACUUGAAAAGUAUUCAACUUGUCCUCAAUAACGAUGGCAUACGGCUGGCAACACUCUCAUUCAACCAGGCGGAUGUCGGUGUUUUCAUUCUAGGCAGCACAAUGCGUGUGAGCACGAAGCUGGGAGACCUUAGCCUUGUUGAUGAUGUGAAUCUCGGCGUGUCUGAGGAUUCAUCCAUCCGCAAAUUAAUCACCAUCCAGGGGGACGACCUUGCUGACUUCAGGUACGAGACCUUCGACUCAAAGGAUGAAAAGUCGUAUCCUGGGUACGAUUCGUCGAUAUUCCUGCGUGCUGGCUCUGUGAAGGUCAAUUUCUUGGAGGAGCCUUUCCGCAAAAUUGUGGAGUUCUUGGUCAAAUUUGGCAAAAUGCAGGCCAUUUACAAUGCUGCGCGUCAGGCUGCAGCGAAUCAGGCUCAACAAUUGCAGCAAGGCUCGAGUCGCAUCAAACUGGAUGUGGUCAUCAACACUCCCAUUCUGGUCUUCCCCAGCGUCGUAACGCCUGGCCAGCCUAAGCGGGACCUCAUCACGGCAUAUCUCGGAGAGAUUUACGCGCAAAAUAAGUUUGCUCCAUUAGAUGACGCGGAGAACUCCGAAGUUGCGAUGAUGUUGUCUGCCGGAAUUCGAAACAUCAAGCUCACCAGUCUAUUCCACUACGCUGAUCAGUCUGAGGAACUGGAGCUGAUCGAUCACCUUGACCUGGGAUUCAACAUCGUUUAUGCAGAGCACAAACAAGGCGCCAAGCGACCCGAGCUCGAGAUCGAGGGUAACAUGACUGACUUCAAUGUCAAGAUCACACAAUACCAGCUGAAAGCCCUCCUUGCCAUCUCGCGGUCGGUUCCCGCAGCAUUCUCUGGGGACUCAGACGCUCAAGAAGAGGCAGAGCAAGCUGUCGACGAUAGCACCCUGCGGCGUGCCCAGACCCUGCCGAGGGUUGAGCUACCAAGUGAAGACGACACCGUCGACAUGGGCCCGGAGCUUGGUAGCCGUAGCGAUACGUGGACGAAGCUCGACCUGGUGUUCCGUGUUGGCACUAUCGGCCUAGAGUUGAUCAACGCCCAUAAGGAUCGUCCUGUUGGUAACCUGCAAAGUGCCAGCCUAAGCAAGUUCAGCCUGGAUGACAGUAGGCUUAAAACCCGGAUCCAGGCCAAUGGGAGCUUAGAAGCAGAAUUCGUCAUCCAGAGUUUUACCAUAUACGACUCUCGACCCAACGAUACGAACAAGUUCCGUCGCAUCAUGACGAGCAGCAACAAGAGCGUUCAACAGUUCAUGGCUAGUGUCACCAUGUCAGGUGGUAAGGAGCGCAACCUCAUUGCCAUGGUGGCUAUUGACUCGCCGAGAAUAAUCUUUGCUCUGGAUUAUCUGUUUGCCCUACAAAAUUUCCUCUUGGCCGGGCUGCAAGUUGACGACCCUCUGCCUAUCGAAGAAGGGGAUUUGGAGACCCCAUCGGAGAGUGAUGCGGACAGCAUGCAAGUCAGCAUCGCACGCCGGCCUUCUGGCGUUAAGUCUACCAGAUCGUCGCUCAGCACCAGGGCGGGGCAGCGAACAGACGACAAGAACGAGGAUGAAUCUAAGAUGAGCAUUGCGUACCGCGUUAAUAUUGUGGAUGCCCAAGUCAUUCUCAUCGCCAAUCCUCUCAGCGCAAGCAGCGAGGCGGUUGUUCUAGGCACCAAGCAAGUGCUACUCUCGCAGCAGCAUGCGCUCACUUUCCAGGUCUCCGAAGUAGGCAUGUUUCUAUGCCGUAUGGAUCGUUUCGACGACUUGAGACUGCGGAUUAUCGACGAUUUCUCCGUUCAGAUGUCCAUGGACACUUCAAAUCCAUCGAAGACAAGUUUGCAUCUUGAACUCGACCCUCUCAUUCUGCGACUGGCCUUGAGAGACAUUUUGUUAGUCCUGCAGAUUGUCAGCAAGGCGUCAGAGCUCUCUGAAGGCGAUGAGGACAAGACCAAGAAGCCUGGCGCGGCAGAACAAAAGGCCAAGGAACUCACGCAGGGAGGCUUGAAACAGCGGUCUGCAAGUGGUAAAGGCGCUUCCACGAUAGCAGGGAAGGCUAGGUCUAGCAAGACCGCUGCUACAAAAGGCGCACAAUCGACCUCCCGCAGUGGUGCAUCUUCAGGGCAGCCUCACGACAUCGCAAAGAAGCCCCAGAGACGGGAGGAGCUCACCGCAACAAUCCAAGGCAUACGUGUGGUGCUUAUCGGCGACCUGCACGAGCUACCCAUCCUGGAUCUCAGCAUCAAAGACUUCACCGCAACUGCUGAAGACUGGUCAUCGAACCUCAAGGCUGAGGUACCGCUGGAGAUGUAUGUGAACAUCUACAACUUCUCCAAGUCCGCGUGGGAACCAUUGCUUGAACCAUGGGCUGUUGGUGUUGGUGUUGCCAGAGAGCAGGGUACCGGCCUUCUGUCUGUCGAUGUUGCCUCCAGGAAGACCUUUGAUGUCACUAUUACGACAAAUUCCAUCGCCUUGGCAUCCAAAUCGUUCGCAUUCCUGACUCAAGAUCAGGAUGUCCUUGGGAAACCUCGGGGCACCGAAUCGCCUUAUCGGAUUCGCAACUAUACAGGAUUCGACGUCGUUGUCCGCAGCAAGAGCCCCAGCAGUGAAGAAGACAUCAAUGUACGCCUUGAAGACGGCCAAGAGGCACCUUGGAGCUUCGAACAUUGGGAGAAGAUGCGCGAGAACGUAAUGACUGAUGCCAUGGCCAGCACUGCUGUGGCCGUUCAUCUCGAAGGCAGUGGAUUUGACGUCCUGAGGAACAUCCGCCUGAAUCGCGAGGGUGAGUUUAUUUACUCACUGAAACCCAAGAAAGACGACAUUUCCCACCGGCUCAUGGUGGAUGUCAAGCUGGGCAAUGACAACGUCAAAUACGUCACGCUCCGCAGUCCUCUUCUGGUUGAGAAUCAGACGCAAAUCCCAGUUGAGCUAGGAGUAUAUGAUGCUCCUGAACAGAGUCUCCUCAAGAUCGAAAAGAUUGCUCCCGGGGAAGCCCGUCCGGCUCCUGUUGGUGCAGUCUUCGAGAAGACACUGCUCGUCCGCCCAGACAGCGGCUUUGGCUAUUCCUGGUCCAGCGAGACCUUGUGGUGGAGGGACCUGCUAAAGAGACCGACUCGGACCAUGAUCUGCAAGGGAGAGCAAGGCGAGCCGUUCUAUUUCCAGAUGAAUGCGACUUUUGAUCGGACUAAUCCUAUGACGAAGAAUUAUCCGAACAUGAAGAUCAAAUUGUCUGCUCCGGUCACACUUGAAAACCUGUUGCCGUACGACUUCAAGUACCGCAUCUACGACAAAAACACCAAGAAGGAUUGGUCAAACUUCCUCCGCAAAGGUGGGGUCAGCCCCGUACACGUCACAGAGCUCUCGCACCUGCUUCUUCUUAGUGUCGACAUGCAAGACACAGUGUUCAAAGCGAGUGAAUUUGCCAUUAUCAACUCGGGCAGCUCCGAUGAUUUCAAGAAGGAGUCAACCCUGAGGUGUCAGGACGAGCAGGGUCUCCAACUCAAUUUGAAGCUGCACUACCAUCGCGUCCCGGAUAGUGGAGGCGCCUUUAAAGUUACGGUCUACAGUCCAUACGUGAUCCUGAACAAGACUGGGCUUGAUCUGCAGAUCCGCCACAAGGGAUUUCUGCAGCAAGCCAAGGCCGCCGCCGGCCAACUGUUGGUCGAUGUUGGGAAUGAUGAGCGCAAGGUAGCCCCUCUGAUGUUCUCUUAUGGUAGCGAUGAUCACCGGAAUCGUGCCAUGCUGAAAGUCGGCGACUCGGAAUGGAGCAAGCCGCAGAGUUUCGACGCCAUUGGAAGCACCACAGACGUCAGUCUGCAGUCUUCCAACCGCAACUCCGAGGUCCACAUUGGCAUCACCGUCGAGCCUGGAGAGGGCAAAUACAAGAUGACCAAGGUUGUGACACUCGCCCCCCGGUUCAUCGUCCAGAACAAGAUCGGCGAGGAGAUCAACAUUCGGGAGCCCAGUUCAUCCAACCUCGUGACACUGAGCGCAGGUCAGCUCCAGCCGCUCCACUUCCUGCAACGGAAUGCCGUCAAGCAGUUGUGUCUGUGUUAUCCAGGGGUAGACAACCAGUGGACUUCCCCAUUCAACAUUUCUGACUUGGGCACAACUCACAUCAAGAUCGCCAAGGCUGGUCAGCGCCAGCGGUUGAUUCGCGUCGAGAUUUUGAUGGAGGAUGCGACUAUUUUCCUAAAGUUGGGGAUGGAGACUAAGCAGUGGCCUUUCUCGAUGCGCAACGAGAGCGACACCGAGUUCACCUUCUAUCAGGCCAACCCGAAUAUCGACGAGGAAGAGACCGUCGACCGCUCGGGCUGGCGGCCCAUCCGGUACCGCCUUCCACCGCGGAGCAUCAUGCCUUAUGCCUGGGACUUCCCAGCUGCGAAGCGUCGCGAGAUUGUCAUCUCCGCAUACAGCAAGGAGCGGCAUGUGAAGCUGGCAGAAAUCGGAAACCUCGUGCCCAUGAGGCUGGCUACCAAUUCAGGUGGCCAAAAAAUCAUCGACAUCAACGUUGCCGCGGACGGGCCCACGCAGACUCUGAUCCUGUCCAACUUUAGGCAGUCCAAGAGUCUCUAUCGCCAGAAAACUGGCUUUGGCUCUAGUGGUAACCUGAGCACGGGAGGUUUCGAGGCGAAGGACCAAGACACUGGCACCACCUUCCGUGCACAGCUUAAGCUUGCUGGCAUCGGAAUUUCACUCAUCAACUCUCAGCUGAAGGAGCUGGCCUACGUCACGUUCCGAGACCUAACCCUCCGUUACAGCGAGUCACCUCUGUACCAGUCUAUCAGCUUGGCUGUCAAAUGGAUCCAGAUCGACAAUCAGCUGUACGGCGGGAUCUUCCCGAUGAUAUUGUAUCCCAGCGUCGUGCCAAAGCGGGCCCAGGAGACUGAAGCCCAUCCAUCGCUGCAUGCCAUGGUGACCAGAGUCAAGGACGAUUCGUAUGGUGUCUUGUACAUCAAAUAUGCCACGAUCCUGCUACAGCAGAUGACGGUCGAUCUCGAUGAGGACUUCAUUUUCGCUAUGCUGGACUUCUCCAAGGUUCCUGGCGCUACCUGGACCAUCUCCGAGGAGGAGGGCCGGCUCUGUGAUGACAGCCUCAACAUUCCUGAGCCCAGUGCUCAGGAGGCUGGUCAGGACAUCUACUUCGAGCUGCUGAACAUUCAGCCAAUGCAGAUCGACCUGUCAUUUGUCCGCACAGAGCGCAUCAACGCAGAGGACAAGACGUCAUCGCGCAACCCUCUCAUGUUCUUCUUCAAUAUCAUGACAAUGGCCAUGGGCAACGUGAAUGACGCGCCUCUCCGAAUGAAUGCACUCAUGCUAGACAACGUGCGAGUAUCGACACCAAUUCUUAUCCAGAACAUUUCCAACCACUACAGCCAAGAAGCACUGUAUCAAGUUCACAAGAUCCUUGGAUCUGCUGACUUUCUUGGGAAUCCCGUCGGCCUCUUCAACAACAUCAGCUCCGGUAUCGCAGACGUAUUUUACGAACCGUAUCAAGGACUUAUCAUGUCCGAUCGGCCUGAAGACCUGGGUCUGGGUGUUGCUCGAGGAGCGGCAUCCUUCUUCAAGAAGUCUGUCUUUGGAGUUACCGACUCGUUCUCCAAGUUCACCGGUGCCAUGUCCAAGGGUCUUGCAGCAGCCACGCUGGACAAGCAAUUCCAGGACCGCAGACGCAUCACACGAGCCCGGAACAGGCCUAAACAUGCCCUCUACGGCUUCACGACCGGUGCAAACAGUUUUAUCACGUCUGUGGCAUCCGGUGUUGGUGGUGUCGUCCGCAAACCACUCGAGGGUGCGGAACAAGAAGGCGCUCUGGGUUUCUUCAAGGGCGUGGGGAAGGGUGUGCUUGGCCUCGGGACCAAGCCCCUCAUUGGCGUGCUGGACGCCGCCUCGAACGUGACAGAAGGCAUUCGCAAUACCACCACUGUCUUUGACGGCUCGGAGCUCGACCGCGUGCGCAUCACGCGUUUCAUUCCGUCUGACGGCAUUGUGCGCCCCUACAAUCAGCGUGAAGCUCUCGGGCAGUUCUGGAUGAAGCAGGUGGACAAUGGCAAGUACUUUGACGAAAUGUACAUUGCCCAUCUUGAACUACCGCGUGAGGACAUGGUGGUCAUGGUGACGUAUGCACGCAUUCUGCUGAUUAGGAGUCGGCGUCUCACUACGGAGUGGGAUGUCCCACUCAAAGAUGUGCAGACGAUUGCCAAGGAGCGGACAGGCCUGAGCUUGACGCUGCGCGGGGGCACCAACGGACCAUUCAUUCCUAUCGGCGAGGAGAGUGGGCGAACGUUCAUCUAUCGUAUGGUGGGUGUUGCGGUGGAGGAAUUCAACCGCCGGUUUAGGGGACUGGAGUGAUGUGGAGCUCUACAGAAAAGGGCAGCCUGAUUUUUUCUUUCUGAUCGUGACGAUAGCAACAGCAGGGAAUGGAAACAGCGAACAGCUCAUAUAACAAGAGGGCUCUUCGCGACAGGAUAUGAAUAUUCUCGAAAUACGCGGCAACAGACAUCAGCCUUCUGACGCUGCAUUGUGUAUUAACUUCCCUUUAUCUCACCACUCACCUAUGUUCUUUCUCACUGUCUUCGGCCUUGUACUAAGCAUUGUUUUUCUAUACCACUCGAGAAGACAAUAGUCAAUACCAGCAUACGGAUUUUUCUCCC